AUGCUAAAAUCUCUCUUUACUUAUUGUUUUGCUCCUCACGCUGGAAACUUUGCAGAAGCAUCGCGGUCAGACUGUGCGAGAGCUCUCGACGAAUUGUCUUCAACCAACGGGGAUCUUCCCAAUCGAAAUCUGAACAGCAAUGAUGUGAAGGAGAUGUGCGACAAAGGAAGUCACAGAGCCUGCUUUGCAUACGCUCUGAUGGCCCUGGAGGGCAAAGGAGGUCUAAACCAGAAUGUCCAACUAGCAGCGGACAUCCUGCGGUCAUCAUGUGAGCAUGGCAACGAGAAAGCUUGCUUCUACCUUGCUAGGGUCACGACGGUCGAGGCCUUCCGAGGGACGCACAUCAGGUUGAUGGCGGGGGAGUAUUAUCGAAAGGCAUGCACCAUGGGUAAUGGUGAAGCUUGCUACAAUUAUGGUCAACUGCUGGAUCAGGGUAAGGGAGAUUUGGUCAGUAGCAAACCUGCGAGUACCAGGGACCGUUCUGAAGCCCGAAAGCAAAAACGAGUAGCCAAAUUCUUUGGGCUGGCAUGCGAGAAGGGAGUCAGCAAAGGAUGCGUCAACUUGGGGGUCAUGGAGUGGGAGGGCAAAGGGAUAACGAAGAACGAGAAGCAUGCACUGCAUCUCUUCCAAGCGGCAUGCAGGAUGGGUGAGGGAGCUGGGUGCGGUUUCGCAGGCGACAUGCUCCGGGAGAGAGCGGUUGAAACCCAAAACAACAACGCGGAAGCUGCGGAGAUGUACUACGCUGGUUGUCAGCAGGGAAAUGCACGAUGUUGCUUGAUCCAAGCCAAGAUGUUGGAGGACGCGGCGAUUGAGGCAGUCAAAGCAGGAACAUCAACUGGCGAGCAUGCGCUCCAAGCACGAGCGCGAGCCGUGAUGUUCUUUCGUCGUGCCUGCGAACUGGGAAAUGCUCUGGGAUGCAAACGCUUCCUGGGUUCGAACGAUGCCUUCAAGGUAAUUGACACGCGUAACGAGAGCGAGAAGGCUUGGCUGAAUGUCACGCCGCAAACCGAGGAGUCGAUACGUACUCCUUCCAAGUGA